AUGAGGUCGACUUUCUGGCCCAGGGUCGCGGCUCAUCGCCAGGGCCAUCGAAUUUCACUCCCCAAGCGGAGAUGUUACUCCGCAAGGGUCAUUGGCGAGUUGCAACCUCUCAUCAAAACAGUGGCAGACCUCCGAGCCUGGCAUCCCGAAACCAAUGUUCCGGAUGUCCAAGUGUGCGGUUGGGUGCGCUCGGUCCGCAAGAGCUCCGGAGUUCGCUUUAUCGACAUUACAGAUGGAUCGUCCAUGCGCCCAGUUCAGGCUGUCGUUAGCAAAGAGUUGGCAACAGAUAUGCGACCCGGUUCUGCGGUUCGUUUAAAGGGAACGUGGUACAAUACAGUCGAUAGGAUCCAACCCAGUACAGAAGAAUCUUCUGUCUCAGAUGUUCCCUCCAAUCAGUCUCAGUUCUCACUUGACAAGGCUGGAAUGGAUCGAGACGCCGAGAGAACUCUUUCAACUCAAGAACUUCAGGUUCAUGAGGUUGAAAUCCUUGGCCCAUCUGAUCCUCAGACGUAUCCAAUCCAGAACAAAUAUCAGACCCCGGAGAGCUUACGCAACAUUUCACAUUUACGGUCUCGAACACCGCUGAAUUCCACGCUGCUGCGGCUAAGAUCCGAGGCUACCGCAGUUCUCACACAGUUCUUCUUUAACGAAAAGUUUCACCAGACGCACCCUCCAAUCAUCACGUCGUCUGAUUGUGAAGGUGCCGGAGAAGCCUUCACCAUCAAGACCGGCUCAAAGGCCGAAUUUUUUAGAGACCCGAAAUAUCUAACUGUCUCAACUCAACUUCACCUGGAGGCUCUUGCACAGUCCCUGGGUAACGUGUGGACUCUUUCUCCCACGUUUAGGGCCGAACAGAGUGAUACAUCUCGCCACUUGAGCGAAUUUUACAUGCUCGAAGCUGAAAUGAACUUCGUUACUGAUAUGAAUGAGGUCAUGGAUCUUGUUCAAAGAAUGUUGCAAAACCUUGCGAAUCGCUUGAAAGAACUCCGGGCUGCAAAUGAACUUGUACAAAAUAGACUGGACUCCCGAGAUCCUGCCGAACGAUUGGCUUUUGAGGAUUUGGUUGAACAGGACGAACUCAACCGUCGGUGGAAGGGAUUGCUUUCUCCCAGGCAGUGGCCCAGAAUAACUUAUAGCGAAGCUAUCGACCAGUUACAACCAGUUGCUGACCAGUUUGAGCAUAAACCAAUCUGGGGCAGUGGCCUGCAAUCAGAGCAUGAGAAGUACUUGGCCAAGAAAUUAGGGUUUGACGAGGCAAGCAAUGCAUAUCUCCCUCUAUUCAUUACUCAGUAUCCUCGUGAGAUCAAGGCCUUUUACAUGCUCCGCUCAGCAUCGUCUUCGCCGCAAGGUGAAACAGUUGACUGCUUUGAUCUCAUAGUACCAAGCCUCGGGGAGCUUGCUGGAGGUUCUAUGCGUGAGCAUCGCUUAGCAGAGCUUCAAGAUAACAUGCGGUUACACGGAUUAGAGGCGUACCAAACGUUCGGGAUGUGGUCCCAUUUCCACGUCACUACCAACGUUGUGAUUGCUGAAGUGGAUGAUCGAGUGUUUAGGGCGUCAGGCGAGAUGGACGGCCCGAGAGUCUCGGCCGAUUCUUGGAUUUGCGUCAAAGCUGCCGUAGUGAGUCCGGCGACGGAGCCAUUACCACGGGACUGCCUCACCAAGCUUAACAAGAUGUGUAACAAUGCUUGUUUACAAUGCGGCUAG